AUGCCGUCGAAAGAGAAAAAAUCCACAGCUUCAGGAGAAACCGAAGAGCUUGAUGACGAUGUGAAGGAGACAGUGCCAAAGCGACACAGGGAGGACGCCACCAAGAGAGACUGGACUCAUAAGAAACACAAGACUCCUGAGGCAACUGAAAAUCAGGAGGCCCCAGUCAAAGCCAAGAAGAAAGACAGGGAAAAAGACAAGAAAAAGAAGAGGGAGAAAACCACAGAGGAUGAUGGUGCCACACUGAUUGAAAAUGAGGAUGAAGAAGAAAACAAUAAUGAUCCAAAACCUACAUCCAAAAAGGACAAGUCUGAGAGUCAUAAAAGUGAAGUGAGAGACAAAGCCAAGGAGGAAAAGAAGAAGAAAACUAAAUCAUCCUCUGAGCAUCUAGACAGAGCAGAGAUGGGUUCAAAGAACAAAAAGUCUAAAGACGGAAAGAAGAAGAAAAAACCCCACAGCAAUGAUGACGAGGAGCCACUGAUCGAGGAACAAGAGGAAGAUGAAGACAACAAGAAGAAGAAAAAGAAAAAGGCCAAAAAGGGCUCUGCUGACAGUGACGAUGACAAGAAGAAAAAGGGAAAGAAAUAUAAAAGUAAGCAGGUUGACUAUGCAGCAAUUUACCAGAAAGAACUCCUGGACUAUCACACUGACUCUUCAGAUGGCUAUGAAGAUGAAUACUACAAAAAAAAGGUUUAUGAAGUGGUCACUGUCACUGGGGAUGUAAAAGGAGCUGGAACUGAUGCAAAUGUGUUUGUUACUCUGUUUGGAGAGUUUGGGGUCACACCUAAAGUUCAUCUGGCCAGCAAAAGUCGUACAGCAUUUGAGAAGAAUAAGACAGAUGUUUUCCGCAUCAAGACUCACAAUGUUGGCCCAAUAAUAAAGCUGAGGAUUGAGCAUGAUAACACCGGAAUGAACGCCAGUUGGUUCUUGGACAGGGUCGUGGUCACUGACAUGAAUAGACCACAUCUACGAUUUUACUUUGCCUGCAACAACUGGUUGAGUUUGGAAGAAGGUGACAAUCUUUAUGUCAGGGAUCUUCUGGGCAGCCUGAACCCCAUGGACGUCCCUAAACUUAAUAAGUACAUAGUAAGCGUGUUCACUGCUGACAUGAAAGGCAGUGGGACUGAUGCAGAUGUUUUCUUGAAUAUCUUUGGAGAAAAUGGGGACACAGGGGAGAGACGACUGGACAGUGACAAAGACAAUUUUGAACGUGGUUCUGAAGACAAAUUCACAAUUGAAGCUCCUAACUUGGGACGUCUGAGGAAAAUAACCAUUGGACACAACAACAGAGGUUCCUCAGCUGGCUGGUUUCUGGAUAAGGUGGUAAUUGAUGACAUGGGAAACAAAGAAGUGUAUGAAUUUCCAGUUAAUCGGUGGUUUGCCAUGGAUGAAGAUGAUGGUAAAAUACAAAGGGACAUUUUGGUGGGAUCACUGCAGCCAAUGGGAAUUGUUUACAAUGUACAAGUGAUGACUGGAGAUGUUAGAGGUGCUGGUACCAACUCUAAAAUCCAUAUGGUUAUGCAUGGCACCAAAGGCAUAAAAAACAGUGGCAAAAUCUUUUUAGAGGGUGGUGCUUUUGAGCGGCGUCUCAUUGAUGUUUUCAAUGUGGAGAUUUGUGAGCUCAUCAGUCCACUUAGCAGGGUUACCAUUGGACAUGACAAUGGUGCAGUUGGUGCAGGGUGGUAUUGUGAAAAGGUUGUAGUUUACUGUCCAUUCACAGGUAUUGAACAGACAUUUCCCUGUGGCAUGUGGCUGGAUGAAGAUGAAGCCGAUGGUCUGAUUGAAAGAGAGUUGUAUGAGAUGGUUUCACUCAGGCAAAAGAAAAUAAAGAAGUUCCCUUGGUCCCUUUGGAUUUGGACAUCAGAUGUGAAAGGAGCUGGAACAGAUGCUCAGGUUUUUCUUCAAAUAUAUGGAGAGAAUGGAAAAUCAGAUGAAAUUAAACUGGAAAACAACUCUGAUAGUUUUGAACAAGGGCAGGUUGAUAAAUUUAUUAUUGAAAUACCAGACAUCGGGAGAUUAAGGAAACUGCGUAUCUGGCAUGAGAAGAGAAAUCCAUUUGCUGGAUGGCAUUUAGCUAAGGUCACUUUGCUGAAGACUCUGACUAUGGAGAAGUAUUCAUUUGAAUGUGGCCGUUGGCUGGACAUUAAUGAAGAUGACAAUGAGAUUGUCCGAGAGCUGUCUGCUACUGGAGCUUUGAUUGAGGAUCCGCUGCCAUUGAUAAAGUAUCGUGUCACUAUCUGUACUGGCACAGUCAGUGGUAGUGGUACAGAUGCAACGGUUUUCCUUAAUAUAAUUGGUGAUCUAGGAGACACUGGAGAACGGCCCAUGAUAAUGAGCAAAAAUAAUGUCAACAAAUUUGAGAAAGGAAAUCAUGAUGAGUUUCUCAUUGAGUCGGUGACACUGGGGCAAGUGAGAAGGGUCCGCGUGGGUCAUGAUGGCCGUGGAGGAGGCUGCGGCUGGUUCCUAGAUAAAGUGAUGGUUCGAGAGGAAGGACAGCCUGAGUCUUUGGCUAUUGAGUUUCCAUGUUUCAGAUGGUUGGACCGUAACGAGGAUGAUGGACAGAUUGUCAGAGAGUUAGUUCCAGCUGGAGAAGGUGUUCGACUAUUUAAUAUCAGUUACCACAUAGCGAUCAAGACAGGUAGUGUGAAUGGGGCCAGCUCAGACUCCAGAGUAUUUGUCAAGAUGUACGGAGAGAAGGGAGACAGUGACAAAGUCACACUGGCCGUUUCUGAUAAUGACCUAAGAAACUACUUUGAGACAGGACGUACUGACAUUUUCACUUUGGAAACAUCUGACAUCGGAAAGAUCAACCGUCUUUUGAUUGGUCACACCAAUGAGGGCCUACGUGCUGGUUGGUUUUUAGACAGUGUGCAAAUUUCUGUACCUGUUCAUGGAAAAGAGUACAUGUUUCCAAGCCACAGGUGGCUCUGUAAAGAUGAAGCUGAUGGGAAAGUAGAGGUUGAAAUCUACCCCAGUGAGACUCUAGACAUUGAAAGAUUGAUCAACUAUGAAGUAACAGUUGUUACAGGAGAUAUAAGAGCAGGAGGAACUAAUGCUAAUGUCUUCUGUCAAAUCUAUGGCGAUGAAGGGAAAACAGAAGUGCUCACUCUUAAAAGUCGGUCAAAUAAUUUUGAACGUGGCACAACUGAAAUCUUUAAGAUUGAGGCUCACGAUGUGGGUAAAAUCUAUAAGAUUCGUAUUUUCCAUGAUGGAAAAGGACUAGGUGACGGCUGGUUCCUUGAGACUGUCGAUAUCAAGCGUUUAACUAUGGCCAUGGUGCAGAUCGAGGUAAAAAAGGAAGACACCAAAAAAGAUAAGAAGAAAGACAAGAAAAAGAAAAAGAAAGAAGAGGAAGAGGUAGAAAUAAUUGAGGAGAUGCAAGAGGUGGUGGAAACAUUUAAUUUUGUUUGUAAUCGCUGGCUUGCCCGUGAUGAGGAAGACGGGGAGAUUGUGGUUGAACUGUUGUCAGAGGAUAAUGAAGAUCUUGAGGUGAAUUCCUAUGAAGUGCAUGUUUUCACUGGAAAUAUGUGGGGCGCAGGCACUGAUGCCAAAGUUUACAUUAACAUUUAUGGAGAGACAGGCGACACAGGGGAGCGUCAUCUUAGAAAGUGUAACAAUCUGAAUAAAUUUGAAAAAGGCCAGGAGGAUGUUUUCAUCAUCACAGCUGUGGAUCUUGGUGUGCUGAAGAAACUGAGAAUACGGCAUGAUAAUAGCCAGGCCAGUGCUGGCUGGUUUCUAGAUAGAGUGGAAAUUAUUGACAACAAAGAUGACUCUACAUAUUUUUUCCCAUGCAAACGCUGGCUUGCAGUUGAUGAAGAUGAUGGACAGCUUGCUAGAGAGCUUGUUCCUGUUGAUGAGGCCUUUAUGAAAAAAGGGGAUGAUGAUGAGGAAGACUCUGAAGCCACACUCGGUCUUGAGCAAAAGGCAAUGUCAACUACAUACACUGUCAAAAUCAAAACUGGAGACAAGAAGUAUGCGGGAACUGAUGCCAAUGUGUUCAUGAUACUGUAUGGCACCAAAGAUGAUACAGGAUUAAUAAAUCUUAAAGCAUCAAAGACUCAUAAAAACAAGUUCGAGCGUGGAAUGACUGAUGAAUUUACUGUGGAAGCGGUAGACCUGGGACCACUUAAGAAGAUACGCAUUGGACAUGACAAUUGUGGAGGAUCGGCAGGCUGGUUUCUUGACUGGGUGGACAUUGAUGCCCAAUCACUGGGACAGAAACUGCGCUUUCCUUGCGGCCGUUGGUUGGAUCGAGGAGAGGAUGAUGGUGCCAUUGUCAGGGACCUAUUUCCUAAUCCAUUACAAACAGAGACAUAUACACCAUUUGUGCCUUAUGAGAUAAAGACUUUCACCAGUGACGUGUUUGGUGCUGGCACAGAUGCAGACGUCUUUAUUGUCCUGUAUGGCAGAGAUGCAGUGUGUACUCAGCAGAAGUCCCUGUGUGUCAACAAGAGAGAGAGGAUAAUGUACUUUGAACGAGGAGCAGAAGACAUGUUUAUUGUUGAGCUAGAAGAUGUGGGGGAUGUUAUUGAGAAAAUUCGUAUUGGACAUGAUAACCGUGGAGUCAAUCCAGGCUGGCAUCUGGACAGGGUGGAGAUCAGAAGAUUGCUAAGGAAAGGAAAGGGUUCAGAGACUGUCAUCUUCCCAUGUGAGCGCUGGCUUGCCAAAUCAGAGGAUGAUGGAGAAACUGUGAGAGAGUUGGUGCCCUCGGACAUCAUUACAGAGAAACUUUCACGAGAUGGAAGCCUUAAAGUCAGUGAAGUUGAAGUGGAGGAUGCAUUGGAGACUCACACAUACACAAUAUCAGUGAUAACAGGUGAUGUGUACGGGGCUGGUACUGAUGCAAAUGUCUUUAUGACAAUUUAUGGAGACCUGGGAGACACAGGAGAGAGGAAACUCAGCAAAUCUGAAACAAACAGUAACAAGUUUGAAAGAGGAUCUGUGGACAAGUUCACAAUAGAAGCAGUUGACCUGGGACAGGUUUUUAAAAUAAAAAUCCGCCAUGAUAACAGUAUGGUAAGCCCGGACUGGUAUUUGGACCAGGUUGAAGUGUAUGAUGUGGAUACAGAGGAAGUCUUCCUCUUUUUAUGUGAACGGUGGCUUUCCAAAAAGAGAGAGGACAGACAGAUAGAAAGAGUCUUCUAUGUUAAGGGCUUUGAGGGAGUAAGGGAAAGCCUACACAAUAAAAAGAAAUCUGUCCCAGCCUUGAAAACUGUCGACAGUAACAUGAAUAAAAAGAAAAAGAAAAGAGAGGAGGAAGAACUGCCAAUCAUACCCUAUCACUUCACCAUUUGCACUGGGCUGGAUCGGGAUGCCAGCACCACCAGCAGGGCAUAUGUCAUCAUCACUGGGGCCAAUCUUAGUGUGACAGACAGACUGUGGCUGGACUUGCCAGAUGGGAGGAGGGGCUUUGGGGCAGGUUCCCUGGAGACAUUUGAGUGUCAUGGAUCAGAUGUUGGGGAGAUCAAAAGGAUGGAGCUGGGCCAUGAUGGAGCCACUCCAGAAAGUUGCUGGCUUGUUGAUGAGGUGUCUGUUGCUGUGCCAACCAAAGGGGUCAAAUAUAUCUUUGCUUGCAAAUGCUGGCUGGCCAAGGAUCGUGGUGAUGGCCUGACAGCUAGAGUGUUUAAUGUCCUAGAUGCAGAGGCUAUAUCCAUUUCUCAAAAGAUCAUUUAUGAAGUUACAGUGGUCACAGGGGAUGUGCAGAAUGCAGGCUCUGACACAAAUAUCUUCAUGUCUGUAUUUGGAAUAAAUGGUAGCACUGAGGAAAUGUUGCUCAAGAAAAAUGAAGACAGAUUUGAACGUGGUCAAGAAGACACCUUUAAUAUGGAAAUUGAUGAUAUUGCACCUUUAAGGAAAAUGAGACUACGUAUUGAUGGCUCAGGCAGUCGACCUGACUGGUUUCUUGAUAAGGUAAUCAUGCGUAACCUCACCACAGAGGAAGUGUCUGUCUUUACCUAUGAAGACUGGCUCUCCAAGACAAAAGGCCCAAAGAGGACCAUGAUCUGUGAGAUGGCAGCUGUGGUGGAUGAGGAAAUGAUGGUGGAAGAGACCACCUACGUAAUACACGUCAAAACUAGUGACAUUUCAGGGGCGGGUACUGAUGCCAAAGUGUGGCUCAUAAUAUUUGGUGAGAAUGGUGAUACAGGGAUACUGAUUCUCAAAGAAAGUAGCAAAUCCAACAAAUUUGAGCGAAAACAGGUUGACACCUUUCGCUUUUCAGAAAUCCUCAGCUUGGGAGAGCUCUCCAAAGUACGAGUGUGGCACGAUAACUCAGGUCUUGCUCCUGGAUGGCAUCUGGAAUACAUUGAUGUGAAGGAUGAGCUGAUGGAUAAAACAUUUCGAUUCCCUUGCGAUCGAUGGCUAGCCAAAAAUGAAGAUGAUGGACAAAUAAUGAGAGAGUUGGCUUGUGCCAAUAAUGACUGCUUGGAUCUCAGUGAGAAAACAAAGUAUGAAAUUUGUGUUACUACCGGAGAUAUUGAUGGAGGUGACACCAAAGAAAAUGCCUGGAUUGUGCUUGAAGGACGGAAAGGACGUUCAAAGGAAUUUGUAAUGGAGAAUUCCUCAAAGAAGAAAAGAUUUUUGAGGGGAAAUACUGACAGGUUUGAGUUUUCAUCUAAAAAUGUUGGUGACAUUGCUGGAAUUUGCCUUGGUCACACUCCCAAAGAUGGAAAGAAAGUGAAGGGAGAGGCUUACUGGCAUGUUGUGGAAGUUGUUGUCACUGAAAGGGAGUUGGGAAACAGGUACAUAUUUAGCUGCAACAGCCUCAUCCCACUCUCUCCAAAGAGGGAUGAGUUUAAGACCUUUGAGUGCACCAAGGCCAUUGAAAGCUUUGCCAGUAAGGCCAGAAGUCUGGUGCCUGUCAAGUACGAGAUCAUAGUGAUAACAGGUGAAGAGAAAGGAGCGGGUACAGAUGCCAAUGUUUUCGUCUCCAUUUAUGGCUCCAAUGGGGACUCGGGCAAGCGGCAGCUACGGCAGAAGUUCCGUAAUCUUUUUGAACGUGGGCAAACGGACAGAUUCUUAGUAGAAAUGCUGGACAUGGGAGAGCUGCAGAAAGUCAGAGUGGAACAUGACAACUCUGGCAUCAGUGCAGGCUGGUUUCUAGAUCGAGUAGAAGUCACAAACACUGCGAAUGGAGUUACUACAAUAUUUCUUUGUGGGAAAUGGCUGGAUACAAAAAGGGCUGAUGGCCUCAUUGUUAGAGUCCUCUACCCCAAAUACUAA